AUGGGCCAGCAAUCGUUGAUCUACAGCUUCGUCGCACGUGGUACUGUGAUCCUGGCCGAGUACACUGAGUUUACCGGCAACUUCACCGGAAUCGCCGCCCAGUGCCUCCAGAAACUCCCCGCCACCAACAAUAAGUUCACCUACAACUGCGAUGGCCACACCUUCAACUACCUCGUCGAGGACGGAUUCACAUAUUGUGUUGUGGCUGUUGAGUCUGUCGGAAGACAGCUUCCUAUUGCAUUUCUUGAGAGAAUUAAGGAUGAUUUCACCAAGAAAUAUGGUGGAGGAAAGGCAGCUACAUCUAUUGCCAACAGUCUGAAUAGAGAAUUUGGGCCCAAACUGAAGGAGCAAAUGCAGUAUUGCGUUGAUCAUCCAGAGGAGAUCAACAAGCUUGCAAAGGUAAAAGCGCAGGUAUCAGAAGUCAAAGGGGUGAUGAUGGAAAACAUUGAAAAGGUUCUUGACCGGGGUGAGAAAAUUGAGCUUCUGGUGGAUAAAACUGAGAAUCUUCGGUCUCAGGCUCAAGAUUUUAGGACACAAGGAACUAAGAUGAGAAGAAAAAUGUGGCUGCAGAACAUGAAGAUAAAGUUGAUCGUCCUCGGCAUCAUCAUUGCCUUGAUCUUAAUCAUCGUUUUAUCAUCGAGGAACUCCGCUGCAUCUGCUCCUCCUGAAAACACUGGAAUCUCGACCGGAAAACCCCAAUAUCCAACGGGGGUCGCCGUGUUCGUCCAUCGGUCGGCGAAAAUCACGUCGGUACAGCCCCAGGCCCACAUCCGCCUGGUCAAAAUCGUUCUGUUGUUGUUGUCCACCAGCGUCGAAAUCGCGUUUGGCACCACCAUAGCCCCAGCCGCGAUGGUGUAUGUCAUCUUCAUCGAGCCCGACGCUAUCCCGUGCGACCCACCCACGUCUGCGUUGCUGUCCGCCGGUGUGGAAUCCCAGCCCGUUGUCUUUGGGACCCCAGCUGUGAUGCCACUGGUCUUCCCCAUCGAUCCAAUCGCGGCGCUCUCCACGACGGUGCUGGUUCUCACCGUCAGGCCAGUCGCGGUAUAUCCGUCCCAGGUUUGCGCCAUCACGGUCUAA